AGUGUGUGCUCAGCGUGGAGUGGGAGUGUCGGCAAAGAACAGGCUCCGGGGUGAACCCCUGAAAUCACGAAUAUUUACUUUAAAUUCAGCGCUCUUGAGUUGCUUAUAAAUCCUGUUUCCUCUGCUGUGUGCUUUGCUGAAGAGCCCACUUUAUACUGAAACACUUUCUCCACGAGUUCCUCAAGAGUUCUUCAUCUCCUAGGUUCACUAAUGCCGGGUCCAGUUAUGCCCGUGGAUGUGGCUAUGCAGCUGUACAUCACCCAUUCUCCCCCACUGCACAGCUUCCUGAGCUCUUAUGAAGACUACAGGACACGCAACCUGGUCAACACCUGCUACAAACCCCUGCGGCCCUGCUUGAGCUCCAGAGCCCACCUGGAGCCUCCUUUUCUUGAUUGGCAGACCCCAAAAUCCAAGACCAAAAAGAAGGUUGUGUUUGCCGACUCAAAGGGUAUGUCAUUAACCGUGGUUCAUGUCUUCUCAAUUUUCGAAAACAGAGAACCUGUUACAUCCAAACUGCAGUAUGACCUGGAAGACCUAGAGGACGUCAGAGGAACUCUCCAUAUAAAUUCAGUCCAGAGCAGAAUUCUAGACUUUCCACAGCCAGCAGCAGACUACCUAGAUUUCCGUAGUCGGUUGCUGAAGAACUUGGUUUGUUUGGAGAGCUGUACCCUACAGGAGCGAGCCCUCACCGGCACCAUCAAAGUGUGUAACCUGGCCUACGAGAAGUUGGUUCAUGUGCGAAUCACUUUCGACACCUGGAAGAGCUUUCAGGAUGUGGAAUGCACAUUUAUGAAUAAUGUCUAUGGUUGUCAGGAUACAGACAUAUUCUCGUUUGGCAUUGAACUGCCUGGUUAUGUGCCCCCUCAGAAUAAGGUUGAAUUUUGCAUUAGCUACAGAACUGGAGAGCAGACCUACUGGGACAACAACGAUGGCAGAAACUAUGGACUGGUUUCAACAUCUUGGCAACAAAACAAUACAUGGAAUUCCACAAACCAGGGAAGGAAACCCAAUGAAUCCCGAAAGUUAGGCAAGAAAACACAGGACAAGGAGGUUUUUAAAUGUAAAAAUCCUCUCCAAUCCAAUGUAAUUUUCCCAAACUGGCAGAGUUGGGGGCACAUUGCAACCAGUGGGCCCUAUUGGUGACUUGAGCUCACAUAAUUAACUAUCCACAUUUUUGUUGAAAGCUUUUAGCACCAAUACAUCUCUCGGUAUAACAACAGAUUAACAUUUUGUUAAGAGCUCUUAAUAUGAUUUACCUGCUGAUUACUUUACAAGCAGACUUAAAUCAGCUGUCUAUUAGCAGAUUAAAGAGGGAACAUGGACUUGUUGAUAUGGUCACAUAGAGUGAACCUUGUUUUUGAGUGAAUUUUGCCUCUGCAAUACAGCAUGUUUUAUUAUUUUAAGUAAAACUUGUGAUGACCCCUUUCAUGAAGCGCUAGACCACUAGGGGUUCUCAAGCAAACACUAUAACAUCUUUGUUAGUUCAUUUUAUAAAACGUGCCUUUGUCAUAAGUUUGCUAAGAGAAUGUUUUGUUAUAUAUUGUUGCCAUGGUGUGCCACAUCUGCAGACUGUGCACUAUAAAAAAAUGAUACCUUGUGAAAAUCAUUUCUGAUAAUUUGAAGAGGAUAUAUGUUUGGCCAUUUUCAGCAGAUAUCCAGUUGAAGAUUCUAUUAUAAGAGAUGAACAGUUGGUAUGCAACCAGUGAGAUUGUCCUUCAUAUUGAAGGGGUAACCUUAACUGGCUACAAACUUUCAGAAGGGAAAAACAAAGAAAUAUUAAUAUUUAUCAUAUUUAAUAUGUGCUCCAUGAAUAAAUCAGACUUGAAAUAGAUUUGGUUAUAUUUGAUCAAAUUUUAAUCUGCAAGAUGCACGUAUGUUUAGGUGCCUCCUUUUUUUUAUUCAUUUUUGUGUUGGAUGUGUUAGAAAUUAAAUUCAACUGUACACAAUAAGCUAAACAAAUGGCCUGAUAAUGGUUUAUGUGCAUUAGGAUCUGCUCAGCAAAUGCAAUUGUAAAGCAAGUAGUGUCUUUUGCUAGGUAAUUUUUAUGUUUUAAGUGCAAUACAGUGAAAAUGAGUUGAAUUGGUUGUGAUGUCAUGUUCGAAUCAGAUGUGAAAGAAUGGCUGCAUUUUUUGAAAGAAAUAAUGGCUGUCUUGGUAAAUGAGUGUGUAUUUGGUGUGAUUUUUCUAAAAUAAAAAUUUCACAUUUUCA